AUGGACAGUAAACUAUUGGGUCUACGACGCCGAAACAGGAGGAGGGACAUGUUCACAAGAGUCUCUGAAGCGCCCAAGUAUGUCGAGCACGUCAGGGUAUCCCCGCAAUGCGGUCUCUGUCUACAGAGACUACUCGACAAGGAACCAACAGUAAUACUCUAUGGAGAAGAUGAUACAUACAAGGGCCACCUCCGGCCAUUUCUAUUCCCCUUCAUGUGGUCUGCCCACCGCCAGUCGGAAGACUACUUGAUCUGUCGAACAAAUGACUGCUCUUGCACGCCCGCAUCCGAAUACACGGCGUUACACCGCGAAUGCUACAAGAUGUUCCUCAGGUUCUGCGAGCUCAGGGCAAUACGCAAGAAGCGUGCCCAGCAAGCCCUGUGGAUAUGCGCAGCAUGGAAGAGUCCGUGGCCCGGAACCCUUCCGAUGCAGGCAUCGCACGCCCCAGCAGAUACGCAAAGCCUGCAGCUGGCCGGUCGACUGAUUGGGAUCCCUUUCCUGCAUCGACUGCCUCAAGAGCUGCUGCUUGCCGUUUGGGCGGGCUCCAAAAACUCCUUAUUCUGGAGAUGCGUGGCUGCAAUCCGGCUGGUGGCCCAGCUUGAGGCCAGUUCUCCAGAGUUGCAAGUCGUGCCGUUGGAUCAGGUGCUCUCCUGGAACCGUGGCGGCGAGUUGGAGUCUGCUCCAGUGUCUGCAGCCUACCCAAUCACCAGACUCACAGUUGAUCAAGAAGGCAUCGUCAAGGUGGAACGGCUCCGCUGCAUGCCUCGUUAUACAGCAGAGUAUCAUAGCCACUCCACCUUUAUCGUCGAGGACGGCUCAUCACUGUGUGGCAUUGAAGCACAGCUGCAGGUUCUCCAGAACGGACGGCUGCGUCUCCGGCUCACGCCGUUCCAGCUCACACGCCCUUACAUAUGGAACACUCCAGCUCCGCCUCAGCUGUCGCUCUGCAGGGCCCUUGUCCCCGGCCCGUUCGACUCGCGGCGCUUUCAAGUCGUGGACACGCAGAAGAUUCAAGGCAUCACCUUCUUCUUCCUCAGGCACAGCAUGUACUAUAUCCACAUCCACCACUCGGCCAAGUGCAGUGCGUUUUCCGUGUACGAGCGGUUUUCUCACUCGAUGCGUGAGGAGGCCGUGUGGAUUUACCUUCCCCUUCCGAGCACAGACAGGAUGCUCGUGUUGGGGACUCGCUUCCUCCGCGAGGGCGUGUUCAACCUCCUCGUCCGGAUGGAGAAGGCCGGGGACGUCUUCAUCGGACAGAAUCGCUUCUUCAGAGAAGGCGGCAUCGUGGGCAAGACCGACGCCGACAGGAACAACCUCCCGCAUCUGUACUCGGAUCAAUGCCUGAGCGCAAACGGCAGCCCGGUGACUCUUGUGUAUGGCGAACCGAAGGAAGGAUUCACAAUCCCCCUGAUUGGCAGCUACUGCGCAUCUCCGACGCAGCAACCCCCCAAGCCGUUUGGUCUCGAGAAGCCAACCGCGCCCCUUGGCGGCCAUGGAUACUAUUCCCGAGCGCCGUUGAGCCACGUCGCGAGGGCCACGACCUUCCUCGACCCGGAGCAUGGCGUCUGCCGGGGCAUCCUCCUGCACUAUGAGAACGGCGGAUGCAGAGCCGUCGGACAAUGCCGCGUCAACGUGGAUCCCACGAAGACGUUCGACGCCCCGACCUGGAUCUAUAUGCGGAACGAAUCCGCUUGUAGCUUUCACUCGUCAGCCACCAGAGUCAGGAUCAAGUUUCGGCGGAAUGCUCCGCAGGACGAGCCUGGCAAUGGCUGGCAGCGCCAUCCGAUGAGAGGCUUCAUCGAGUACUAUGUUCACGAGCGAGGUGUGAUGGUUCUGCUUACCUCCAGGUUCCACGGGGAUCUUGUUCGCCCCAUGGAAGUGGUCAUGGACAUGGGCUCCGAGGGCUUGAAGCAAGUCACUGUUUGA